AUGGGAGAUACGCCUGACCAGGAGAUGUUGGACGUGAAGUCGGCCGGUGACGGUGAGCUGCAGGUCGGGCCGGGGGUUCCAGCAAGUAGAUGUAGCCCAGCGAUUGGCAACCUGGGAAUCUGUGAUGCUGCAGCAAAUCAGGAAGCACCAGUGAAGGACGUCGAAAUGGCGGAGGAUCAACCUCCAGCUGGACUGUCGUACACCGUUGACGAUCACAGGUCGUCGUUCACUGAAUUCAUAAAGGAUCUACGUGUCAUCCUCGCUGAUCACCAAGACCGUGAGGAUAUCUGUGAUCGCCACGUGGACCCAAAUAUCUCGAGUAGCCGAAAACACCCACUGCUCCCGAAGCCGCGUGCUGAACAACCGGUGAGGUGGAUUCGCAUCAAGCUGCAACUGCAAGUGGUUGAGGGCGAGGAAUCGUCGUCAUCGGCAACCCUACUCAUGAGGGAUGACAACGUGGAUGUGAUCGGCUUCAUCAACCAGUCUGGAGUCUGUUACGAUUUUGCCGACCGAAAGAGAAGCGCCCGUCGGAUCCUCCCACAAGAAUACAAGCCAGUACUUCUAGGCUGGGGCAACAGCUACAAAAGCAUACUAGGCGUCAGAAAGGAGGAGGAAGUCAAGGAUAGACUGACAUCCGCAAACCUGGGCAAGACCUUCGCCACGCACGCCGUUCGCUUGCUGUCGCGCUACCCACACGAGGUGGAUGGCAUCGAGAUGACACCCAUGCUGGCACUGGUGGGCCUGAAGUUCAUGGUCUCCGAGUCCGCAAGGAUGAAUCCUGUGCGCGACGCCAUUGCACGUGGCUGGGACACCGGGACAGGAUUCACCAAGCAAUUGAUGACAGAUUACGUGUGGAAAUAUGUAGAGAUGUCAAGGCGUCUGAGGCAUUGGAAGAGAGGAAACUAUGCGGAACGGCGCCCCGACUCGGAGCUACGUGACAUCUACCUCGUGCUCAACGUACAUGCUGAACUGGUGUAUACCAUCGGAGAUGAAAUUUCAUUCAUUUCAUUCAUGACGGAUCUACGUCGCAAACUCGCCGAGCAUCCAGACAGCGAGGAUAUCUUGGGCGGCCACAAAGACCCAAAUCUCUCCGAAACCGGAGAUCAUCCAGUGCUGGCCAAGCAGCGUGCUGAUGAACAACCGGCGAGGUGGAUUCACGUCACGCUGCAAGCAGUGGAGGGAGAGGAAACGUCGUGGACAACCCUGUUCAUGAGGGAUGACAACGUGUACGUCCUUGGUUUCAUGAACCAGCAAGGAGAUUCGUUCCAGCUGCUCGACGACAACCGGAAUGCAGCCACCAAUAUACUGCUCCCAAUUACUAAUGGACGCGAUCCCGAACUCUCAAGAUGGGGCGUCAGUUACAUGUCCAUGCUGGGAGCCAAAAGUAAUGAUCAUGCCGUGCACAAACUGGAGGCGGCUCAUUUGGGCCGUGAUUUUGCGAAGAACGCCGUGCGCGUGCUGUCGAGCCACCCAAAUCCGGUGGCUGGUAUCGAUCUGAGGCCCGGGGUGGCACUGGCGGGCCUGAUCGUCAUGGUCUGCGAGUCCGCAAGGAUGAAUCCUCCCCACGACUCCUUUUCACUUGGGUGGAGCACCGGCACGGGAUUCGCCAAGCAAUUGAUGACUGAGAACGUCUGGGAACAUGGGAAAAUGUCGAGCAAGCUAAUGGCAUGGAAGACCCGAGGAUACGCCAGCAAUGUGAGCACACAGAAUUGGCAACCACACCCCAUUAUGGAGCUACAAACCAUUUACCUCGUGCUCAACAACACCCAUACAAGUGAUCAGGCUAAAAAAGAAGAAAAGAAGAAUAAUCAACGUGGGAAGCCGCCUGGCAAUGUCAACAACGAUGGAGAUUCUAUUAAUAAGCCCGGCAACACUGGCAGUGGUCGCGGCCCUCCUGGACAAAGCAGAGGUGGCCACAAUACCAACGGAUGUGGCGGCCCUCCUAGCCAAAGCGGAGGUGGCCGCGAGCGUAAAAGGGGAUUCAACAAUGGCAGCAAUGGGAGCCCACAAAUCCAACACAAGAAGGCCUGCAACAUUGGCAUUGGUGGCAUCUCUGCUAGCAAAUCAUCGGAGGAGGCUAGCGAUGCUGGCAGCAAUGGCGGCCGUGAUAGCAAAUCAGAGGACGCUAGCGAUGCCGACAGCGGCAGCGGCCCUGCUAGCCAAGCCGAUGAGGCCGGAGACGACACCAGCAGCAGUGGUGGCGAUUCUUCUAGCCAACCUGGAGAGGCCGGUGAUGGUGACAGCAGCGGUGGCUCUGCUAGCCAACCCGGGGAGGCCGGUGACAACGGGGAUCUUGAUCUACGAUGCCAGGGCCACGGUCGACCUCGGGUGGAGCUAUUGGCCAUACAUGCUGAUCUUCAUGUCAAAGGCACGGAAAUCGUCGUCUUUGACGGCAGACGAGGCCAGAUCAUCUAUAGGAAGGAGGAAGGAGAAGAGGAGACAGAACAGGGAAUGGUCGAGUUGGUUCUGACUGGACCCUACAAAGGCAUCUCAGCUUACGGGUGUUUCGCCAUUAAAAUUAACAUCCCACCUGCCACUGCCAGUAGCAGCAGUGGCGAUGCCGGUGGUCUCAUCCAAUGGGAAUGGGACUGUUAUGACCCCAAGUACGCCGCCCAAGUCGACCAACUACCAGUGAGCCAUACCAUCUGCGCUCCGGACAUGCGACCCGAGGUAGCUGAGGUCACCUACGUUGUGAUGUCAGAUGCCCUGGAGGCCACAGUGCAGGUCAGGCUGCGACUCAAAGAUGGGCAUAACACUGCUGGCAUUGGUGGUGAGAUCACUGCACGUAUCGACGGCUUUGAAGACAAAUACAGGAGCGUCCUCUUCAGGUGUGCAAAGGGGACGCGUCAGUGUUUCUCCCCUACCGAUGACGACUCGUGGUUCCUUCUUGAGCUGGCGAGGAAUGUGGUUGCAGUGCCAUGCGGCAGUGCGCUUCAAAUAGAGGUGAACCUCCAGAUUGAAACUGGCAAUGGCAAGAAAGUUGAAUUGAAUAAUAUUCCUCUCCGCUUCGCCAAUGGAAUUAGUUCCAGUAAAACUGACGACGGCAAUGAAGUGGAAGUGGAAGUCGAAGUCACCUGGUACCCGGAGAUCGCACGGACAAUAAGUCACCCUCCGGAGCAAAUAAUAACCAGCAAAGAGGCUCAUCCGGAGAAAGCUAUUACUGCUCCGUCGUCGUUAGAACAAUUCAUCAGUGGUACACAGGAGGCCAAAAUGGUUUCAGGGCAUCGAACUGUAGUGUACACCAUCGGAGACGAACUGUCAUUCACUGAAUUUAUAAUGGCUCUCCGUGGCAUCCUCGCUGACCAUCCAGACCGCGAGGAUAUCUUUGAUCGCCACCACAGUUCAAUUCUCUCCUCCACCAGAGAACACCCGGUGCUCGCCAAGCAACGUGCUGAACAGCCGGCGAGGUGGAUUCACGUCAAGCUGCAAGCAGGGAAGGGAGAGCAAACGAUGUCGACAACCCUAAUCAUGCGGGACGACAACUUGUAUGUCUGUGGCUUCAUGAACCAGCAAGGAGAUUCAUUUGAGCUCAUCGAGAACCCGGAUAGAUCUGCCGAUAUACUCCCAGUUGAUGAAUACAAUCCCCAACGCCUAAGCUGGGGUGUCGGUUACGGAUCCUUACUGGACGUCGACACUGGAGGUGGUCUUGUGAGAAUACUGGCGCUCAUGUACAGUCCCCAACGCCUAAGCUGGGGUGUCGGUUACGGAUCCUCACUGGACGUCGACACUGAAGGUGGUCUUGUGAGAAUACUGGACUUCGCCAUGAAUGCCGUGCACGUUCUGUCGUGCUUCCCAGCUUGGGUGGACGAUCGUAUUUCACCUAGGUUGGCACUUGCGGGGCUGAUCCUCAUCGUCUGCGAGUCUGCAAGGAUGAAUCCAAUCUACAACUUCUUUACAAGCUCGUGGAGCAGGAGCACGGUAUUUUCCGACAGGGAAUUAACCCAGGAUCUGAUGCUUGAUUACGUGUUGAAUAAAUAUGGGAGGAUGUCACGUGAGCUGCUGGAAUGGAAGAGUAGAAGAUAUGCCAACCCGCACCCCAUUUCAGUGCUACGAGACAUUUACCUCGUGCUCAACUACCGUUUGGAUCCACCUCAUCAGGCCGGCAGCGCCGAGAGCAGCAGCAGCUUCAUGGACCUUUCUUGGUCGCGACAUCGGAAGGCUGACGGUGCCAAGGACCGACCUCGGGUGGAGCUGUUGGCCAUGCAUGCGGACCUUGGGGUCCUUGGCACAACCGUAAUAGUCUUCGACGGGAAACGAGGCCAUAUCAUCUAUAGGAAGCAGGAACAAGGAGAAAAGGGAAAAAUGGUUGAUUUGGUGCUCACGGGACCCUGCACAAGCAUCUCGGCAUACGGGUGCUUUGCCAUCAAAAUUGACAUCCCAGGACCCUACACAAGCACUGGUGAUGGCGGUGGCGGUUCCAUCAAAUGGGAAUGGGACCGCUAUGACCCAGAGUACGCCAGGGAAGUUGACAAAGGACCCAUGACUCGGACCAUAAGCUCUUCAGGCCCCGGCCGCAACGUUGAGAUCACCUAUGCGGUGAUGUCCAACGCCCUGGAGGCCACAGUGCAGGUGAAGCUGCGGAUGAAAGCUGGGAACAGCCCUUGUAGCGUCUACGGUGUUAUUACCGCUAGCAUUGGUGAUUUCAAAGGCCAGAGCAUCCUCUUCAGGCGUACAAAGGAGACGGCACAGCAUCUCUCUCCAAUGACGGACUCGCCGCAGGGCGUUCUAUAUCAGCUGGUGCGGUCCCUUGAUCUGGCCAGGAACGUGGUUGCGGUGCCAUGUGGUCAACGGCUUCACGUAGGGGUGGACCUGAGCAUUGAAACUUCCAAGAACCAAGAGGCUAGUGUUAAUUCGCGUUUCACCUUCUACAACGUACUGCAGAAUAUGUCCCGUGAACGUUGUGAAGUGGACGGGUAUGAAGUUGAAGUGAACGUCGCCUUGUACCCUUGUGGUGAAUAUGUCCCGGGACCAAGGAAGAUGGAUAGGAUGUGGCAACCUGACAUAUCCUACAUGGUUGGGAAUGAUGCACAAGGAUUCAGUACAUUCAUCAUUGAGCUGCGUAGAUUGGUGACCGACCACCCACGCUGCAGGGAUCUCGUGGCUGAUCAUCCAGAUCUCUCAUCCACAAGUAACAACAAAGUGCUCCGCAAAGUUAACAUGCAGGAAGUCAACCUGACAUAUCCUGACACUCACCCCAUCCAACAAGAAAGUUUGUUUCGCAUCAAACUGGAAGCGGAAGCGGAGGAGGCCGUGAAAGAAACGUCAUCGAUAAUCUUAGUCAUGCGAUGUGACAACUUGGACGUAAUAGGCUUCAUCAACAUGCAGGGUCGUCGAGCCUGCUGCUACGAGCCUGGCUCUCAUCGGGAGCUCCCAGGAGGAUUUUAUUCAAAACUUCUACAGUGGUGGGACCACGGAAGGGACAGGGAGCCUGCUGCUGCAGGAGCGAGGCUGGGCAAGACCUUCAUGGCGGAAGCCGUGCGCGAGCUAUCGCGCUUCACAGGUAGAGGUAGUGUGGAAGCCAAGCGGUCACUGGUGGGCCUGAUGAUCAUGGUCCGCGAUUCAGCGAGGAUGAAUCGUGUCCUCCAGGCCAUUGCAGGUGACUGGAACAACGGGACCAAAUUCGCCAAGGAACUGAUGGGUUACAUAAAGAAUUGGCCAGUAAUAUCAAGAGCACUGCUGGACUGGAGGGAUCACGCCUACCAAGGAUGGCCUCAAAACAGGACGCUAGAAUCGAACGGAAUCAUGAGCCCAGAAGAUGCACUAAAACUUGUCCCCCUCGUGUUCAAUGAUCCGGAUCGGAUAUGGGCUUUUCCUUGUUAA